CAUUCUCCUUAUCUUCAUCCAGAAAACAACAAAAGAAGAAAAAAAAGAAAAUCUCCUCCUGUAAUCCUCCAGCUCCCUAAUCACCGUCGCCGGAGAAAUGUAUAUUCCGGCGAACAGUUAUUUUCUGUCUAUACGCAAUGUUCGUAUCUCCGAUUACCGUCGCCACGUCUUCCACGAAAACACCUAACCUUUUUUGGGCUAAAGUAGCUUCUUAAGUUUUGGCUAAUGUGCAUUAAUUUUGUUAAAUUUUCCAAUCAAUUUUUUUGUUUUGGGGAGGUUUGUGUAUUUGUGUAAAUUCUUUUCCUUGGAGUAAGGGAUUUUUGGAUGUACAUGCAGAAGAAAUCAGAGUCAUUAAUUGAUUAGACUCUUUCAGCUCAUUUUAGGCUCUAAAGAUUUUGAUCGUAACUGAACAUAGAGCAGCAGGGUUUUAGGGGAAAAAAAGAAAAGAAAAGGGAAGCUCUAACCUUUUUUCUGAUGAAGGUUCAGCCGAUCGACAUCGAUUCACAAGCACAAAAUGAAACUGUUCCGGUACGAGUCGAACCGGUCAAGCCGGUUCUUAAAUCGCGUCUAAAGAGACUCUUCGACCGGCAGUUUCCAAGUGUUCUGAGAAUAUCAACAGCGGAGAAGCCGAGUAUUGGUGAAACUCAGUUUAAUACUAGCAAAGAUGGAGGGAUUGAGUUUGAACCGAGUACGGUUUGUUUGGCUAAAUUGGUUCAGAAUUUCAUCGAAGAUAGCCACAACGACAAGCAACCGCCACCGCAGCCGCCUCCAGCUAAAUGCGGGCGUAACCGCUGUAAUUGCUUUAAUGGAAACAGCAACGAUAGCUCCGAUGAUGAGGUUGAUGUGUUCGGUGAAUCGAUCAACGGUGGAUCAUUGCUUGCCGAUGCUUGCGAUACACUCAAGAGUCUGGUACCAUGUGCCAGCGUCGUGGAGAGAAACCUCUUAGCUGAUACGGCGAUGAUCGUUGAAAAGAACAAAAAUUGUAAACGAAAAGACGAUUUGAGGAAGAUCGUAACCGACGGUUUAGUUUCUCUCGAUUAUAACUCUUCAAUUUGCAAAUCAAAAUGGGACAAGUCUCCAUCUUUCCCCGCUGGUGAUUAUGAGUAUAUAGAUGUGGUUGUGGAAGGGGAGAGAAUGUUGAUCGACGUUGAUUUUAGAUCGGAGUUUGAGAUGGCGCGAUCGACUGGAGCCUACAAAGCGAUCGUCCAAUUGCUGCCGUAUAUCUUCGUCGGUAAACCGGACCGUCUCGAUCGUAUUGUUUCUAUCGUAUCGGAAGCGGCUAAGCAGAGCUUGAAAAGGAAAGGAAUGCACCUCCCUCCUUGGAGAAAAGCUGAGUACAUGCGAGCCAAAUGGCUCUCUCAAUUCACCAGACCCUCUUCGGCAUCCGAAGAUGUUUCGGAUAAAACUGAUUGCAAGGAAACAAACGAUUGCAGUGGUUGCGGAGAGCUGGAUUUAAUUUUCGGCGAGGAAAAAGAGGCCUCGCCGGAGGAAAAUUCCGGCGUGAAAGACUUGCCGGUGACUCCGUUGACCACGUGGCAACCGCCGGCGGUCAAACCGAAGAGUGUAGAAAGAGGAACGAAAAUCGUCACGGGAUUGGCUUCUCUGCUCAAAGAGAAACCAUAAAAAGUUUUGCAAUUUUUUUAUUUGUUUUUUGUUUUUACAAUUUUCACCGGAUAUAAAAAAUAUGGAUGAUAUAAAAAAUCGUAUAAUCCUUUUUCUGUUUACUUUCCCUUCGUUUUUUGUUAGCAAGGGUUAUUUUCUUUCUUUGUAAGAGGCAGGAAAUGUAUUACCGUUGUAAUAAAAAUAGUUAAAUAGUUAUAUAAAAAAAAGUAGUAGUAAAGAUUAAAAACA